ACGAUGACUCGCGGCUUUUGGACAAUUGAAGGAAUUGUCUGUCGCUCAGUGGAUUUUCAAUGGACGCGUGAAAGGUUUUUUAGUGGGAUUUUCGUCGUACUAAAAAACAGCUGGCUAAAAACAACAAAAGUUGCUAGUAUUUCCAAUUUUGCGGCUUUUAAGUGUUUUCCCAUCAAAUUUCCAGUGAAGAUUUCCCAAAAUCUACAUCUCAGCAUGGCCAAUCCACUGCAGAAUAGCGUCAUUGACGACUCAGGGAUUCCACGGCUUCCCGUCAACACAGAGUCCAUCAAGUACAAUGACUGGAACAUUCAGUACACAAAGUCGCACAUCCUCAAGAGUAUUUGCACGAACGAGAACAAGUGCAAGCUCGAGGAGCCGAAUUGCUGCGAGCUGUGCUUCUACAACUUCUCCCUGGAGCUGCCCAGUCUGCCGGACAUGGUGUUCCCGCGCAACGCCCUCGUCCUCACCCACACCGGCGGCGCCGUGCUGCAGUUCAACGCCAUGGAUGCGCUGAAGAGAGUUUCGAGUGGGCGGCUGGACUUGAAGGUGGCGUUCGCGGACGAGUGGAAGGAGACGCGGCCGGCGGAGUGCACAGAGGUCAAGACGAAGCCUUUCGACUGGACCUUCUCCACCGACUACCAGGGCAGUGCCAAUGAGAAGCUGCGGAGCGAACCGACAGAGCUGAAGAUCGACGUGACGAAGCUGAUGAAGCGCGAGGCGAUUAUGUUCUAUCAGGACAUCACGCUGUUCGAGGACGAACUGCACGAUAACGGCAUCGCCGUGAGCUCCGUGAAGAUCCGCGUAAUGCCGUCCGGCUUCUUCAUCCUGCUGCGGUACUUCCUGCGCGUGGACAACGUGAUGGUGAAGAUCGUGGACACGCGCUUCCACCUCGAAGCCGGUCUCAAGUACAUUCUCAAGGAGUUCACGUUCCGGGAGGCGAAGGUGGAUGAGCUGGCCCACCUGCCGCCCAGUCUGCUGAUCAAUCCCAGCGACCUGGAGAAGCACGUGCCGGUGAAGCAGCAGACGCGGGAGAAGCUGACCUUCUGCGAAUAAAUCUCUAAAUGUAUCGUCAAA